GGGGCACAACUAUUAAGGCAGAGCCCCAACAAGGAUGCUCAGGCAUCGUUUGUCACCGCAAGUUUUUCCUCUGAGCUCUUGGUAGCAAAUAGUUCUUUGCCAUGCAUUGUGAAGCACGUUUAGACAGUAGACGGGUGUUAGACAACAGCUAGGGUACUUCGUCUUUCGAGCCAAACAGAGACUCUCUUCACAUAAUGGUUGCCACCAGUACAGAAAGCGAAUAUAUGUUUUUGUAUAUUUCCGAAAUGUUCGUCUAACUGCCAACGAGGAGACAGGGACCGGCGUUGUGUAAAGAUGAAAUUACAAAGGGACCCAAGGAUCACAGUCAUUCAACCUGCCAUCCACCAUCAACUUCGUGACUGUUCCAGCACUCAACAGGAAAAACCGGGAACCUUACAUUCACCACGAGUGGGACGUGAUGUCUACGCCUGUUUGCUGUGGCUUCACGGCGACGUACUGCACUAAUUUCCAGGAUCCGCACCGCGACUCCAAACAACUUGUGCAUCCCAUUUCCACAGAAUAACGAUUAAUAGAAUUAUCGUGACCUCACUGCCAGAGUCAGUCGCGGUCUCUGGUAGCUUGGAGUGUCUCUUCAUCGUCGGAGUCGCCAGCAUGUAUUCAUGCCACGGAACGCCAUCAGAACUGCAAGCGCGCGCCACUGUUUUUCCGUACUAACGUAACCGUAGCCAGAUCUCCAACCUCUUGUGCAUGCCGAAACCCUAACUUCACGCCCAGGAAACAUGCACUUCAGAAUACAGAGCUACGGCCGUACAGAAGUCCUUGCCAGAGGGCCUGGGUCCGCCGGAUUGCUGAGGCCUUCACCGCGAAUGCGCCCACUCGUUGGGGAAGGCCGGUGCUCCAUUCCUUGUCGUACGCUUUUUGUGCCAGGGUUCCCUUUUAUUCCGAUUUUUCCUGCAGGUGGCCUUUUGCGGACACCAACUGACGUGACAGACGGUCAACAACCACACACUGGGAACAAGCUUCAUCCCAGUGAUGCCUCACGGAGUUCGAUGCCCAUGGGACGACGAGCUGCUGAAGAGCGAGAGAGUGGGCGGCAGCGUAAAGUGCGCACCUUUUUAUCCGGGGUAAGCUCUCUCUCUCCGUUUGCACUCAUUUCUUGGUGGUAUGGAAUUUUGGUGCUUCACUUUGGUGUCUUCUUCUUUCCUGACUUCUGUGGCUCAUUCCAAUCCUCUUUCGUUUCCCCGGUUAGCUGCAUCGAAAAACGUUGUCGGCGCUGUGUUUUCUGAUUGCGCCCCUGGCACUGGCAGUCCCCCCCAAUAGCGUUUUUCCCGCGUGUUUUUCGUCUUUUCCCCUGCACGAGGCGUUCCUGUUGCGACGGCCGUUGACUUGGCACCAAAGGGUUUGCUGGUAAAGAAUCCCGUAUGCUGUUUUGGAAAUCGCCCCUGGGAAACGCGUCGUUGUCGUGGAUUUCUGCUAUAAAUGAAACGGUCUUUGGCAGCUUUCCUCCCCUUGCUGACGAUUUUGCGCGUGUCUCACUCUCGCCGGUAACCGAACCUAUUUUUUCUUGCGGUCGAGCAGUUUGGCGCGCGACGAUUCCACUCGAACCGACACCAUCAACUUCGCCAGAAUUUCCGACGUAUCGGGGGAAACGAAACACCGACCCAGACAACACGGCAAGAACUUUUGCGUGUCGGUACAGUGCAGCUGCGCUUCGGUUUUUUCUUGCCGUCGCGGUGGUGUACGGGAGCAACGCUCAUUCGGCAAAACGGGAUUCAAAAGCUGGAAACAGCUGUUUCCCGACGCCUCAAACUAAAUGUCUAUUCCUUCCACAUUUCCUCUGUUUGAUUAGUCAAUAACCCUCCGUGUCUUUCCGGACGUCUGCUCCGGUCCAAAGUUCUGUCCCCGCACGCGCGCCACUGUGGGUCAGUCCAGCUGCAUUCUUUGCCCCUUUCCUGCAAACCAGUCUUCGACGCCUUUUUUGCGCAAGCCACUCAGUGGUGUAGGAGCUGUCUAUUCGCUUUGACGGGACGUGGUCUCUGUUCUCGGUCCAGUCCCGGUCCGCCGUUCUUGGCUUCGUGGAUCUCGUUAGAGGAGGAGCCAUCAACCCUCGGGCGGGUCAAGAUGGCGGCCCCUCCGCAGUACGGCAUUCACCCCUACAGUCACUACGGGUAUGCGUAUGGAGCAGGCACGACGGCGGCUGUCGCAGCUGCAGACUACACGUGGGGAGCCAACGCAGCGCAGUAUUCUCAGUGGCAAACACCUUCGGCACAAUCCGCACCCAACCCACUUGAUCAAGAACCAGACGCCCUCCAAAGCCGUACCCUUUUUUUUGGGCGUCUCCCGGAAGAUGUGACUGAAGACAGUUUACGUGACGUCGUCUUGCAGCACGGCGACCUCAAGAAAGUUGCCGUUUAUCCCGAGAAACGGAUGGCGUUUGUCGAGUUCUAUGAUCUCCGACACGCCGAAGCUGCUCGCGACGCCCUGCGUGGCUCCGAUGUCUUGGGCAAGCGAGUGGAAGUUCAGUUCUCAGCUGUGAAGCGUCCCGAUAAAGAUGGCAAUACGGGAACACUGUACGUGCGCCCCGUCAGCACUGUUCAUGUGUCGGGAAACUGGACCGAUCCAAACAGUCUGGACGCCUACAGGGAGCUUUUUUCGAAGCAUGGAGACCUCAAGAAAGUUUCGGCUAAUCGGAAAAGAGAGACGGAGAAGUUCGUCGAGUAUUUUGACUUGCGAGAUGCCCAGAAAGCUCUCGAGUCGUUGAACGGCUACGUCUUCAAUGGCGCCACGCUGCACAUCUGCUUCGCCCAAAAUGCUUCGCGCACAAUAAACAAAAAUGUGGAGCGGUCAGGGGCUUCACGCCGGACACCAGAGAGCUACGGCCCCGUCAGAGGGAGCAGCUCAGGAAGCGGGGGAAUGUCUCGAGCUUAUGCCUCGGCUCCUUACGCUGCGCCGUAUGCGGCGGGUCCAGCGGCGUACGGCGCGUACGCAGUGCCGUACCAACCUGCUCCGUACAGCCUGUACGCGUAUCAGCAGCCCCAGCCGCAGGCGGCGAAUGGCUACCCUGCGACGCAGCAAUGGGCCUCAGCUACGGCUCCUGUGGCGGCUCCGACCGCCGCUGCUGUCCCCUACGCGGUCGCGCCCCAGGCGGCGAGCACUUCGGCGACGAGCCGGUCGAGCCCUGGAAGCGGGGCUGCUGUCUCGACGAGCUAUGCCGGGACCGCACCUGCUCCGGCUGCAGGCACGACCUCGGUUGCAGCUCCCCGGUGGUGAUGGCGCUUCGUUAAUUCGAGGAGGAACGUAUCGAUGGCGUUUUCUUCGAUGGAAGCAUGCAACGAAGGCUCAGGUGGCACCGAGUUUCUGCCGCGGUGAUGUGGUGGGACUGAGUGGCCUGUGGUGUAUAGAAAAGGAUGCGGGCCGCGGGGGCUUCAACAAUGGAGCGGCUUCGACGACGAAGACGGGUGGGUGGAAGAGGAAAGGUGCCGCAUGUCUCGUCUCUUUUUGAACACGGAGGUGCACAAAGAGGGGCUCUUUAUUCCAAGAGAAGUGAAACAGUUGUCAACAUCGCUUGCUAUGUGCGUCUCUGGAGGGGAUCGUGAAUGCAAAGUGUUUUUCUGAGUGCCUUCAGGUUGCCGGUACACAGUGGUGUAUGAGGUGUACCAUUGUUUCUGGCAGCCCCAACCAGCACGCGGGUGUAUGAUGAGGCCCGCACAUUUUUUCGCUUGGAAUUGUCCUUUCGCGCAGCCCUUCGCGUUUUUCCUCUUCGUGUGGAGGGGAUUCUCGUCAUAGCCCGAAGAACAGAAAUGCAGGACUGCUAGGGAUACUUGAUUCUGGUCUUUUCUUCCCUUCAAAAGGACUCUCGAAAAAAAUCCAUAUCCUGCGC